CCGAUGCUGAAAGAUAGGUUCUGAAUUAUACAGAUCCUGAUUCUUUACAUUUAACCUUCACAUCUUCGAAUUACAGCUACUUGUUCAUCAUGGAGCUAAACCUUUUAAGUCUCCUUUGUCUGAUUGGUUUUGCUCCAGUUGCGCUGUCCAUCAAGCUAACUGCCCCUCUUCUCGUCAUGGAACAAGUGACCUGGCCGGUGGCGCAGAAUUACUGCCGGGAAAACUACAUUGAUCUGUUCACAAUUACAAACGCAGAUGACCAAGCAAAGCUAAUUGAAGAAAUGAAUAAGAAGAGUGUGAUAGGGCCUGCCUGGAUAGGUCUGUACAUUGAGCUGGACAACUGGUAUUGGUCCUCCUAUAAUCACCUGCCACUGAAGAACACAAAUCUAAGCAUAUGGCAUUCAGGACAGCCUGAUAAUGCAUAUGGAGCAGAUGUGUGUGUGGCGAUGUAUGCAGCUGGAUACUGGUGGAGUUACCCCUGCUAUUACGUUGGACCCUUUAUAUGUUAUGAUGCUAACAACAGUUAUGCUGACAGGUUUGUUGCCUACCUUUUACCUCGAAUAACCUGGCUUGAUUCUCAGGCAUACUGCCGACAACAUCAUACAGAUUUAGCCACUGUGAUGACUGAGUCAGAUGUCAGCCUGUUAGGACAGCUCUUACCACCCUUAAAUAUUAUUAGUGGUUGGGUUGGUCUGACCAGGAACACUUGGGAGUGGUCAGACAGGUCCAAUGCAUCAUACCUCCCAUGGUUAAGUGGACAACCAGAUAAUUUGAAUACCUGGGAGAACUGUGCGACUGCGACAGCUGGACUGCUGAGUGAUGAGCAAUGCACCAACGAAUACUAUUUCACUUGUUCUGCCUAUCGAGUAAGGAAACAAAUAGUGAAACUACAAGUGAAGUUAACUCAGAGUAUGCUUGACUCUACUGUACAGUCAUCUAUUUUAGAGAUGCUCAAGCAGAAACUGCAGGAAAACGGCAUGUUGAUGAACACCACAGUAACAUGGAGGGUGCAGCCAGAUGGAAACAUCUUUUACAAGAAAGUAAACAACAACAACAACGUACAACCUCUAAAUGCUUGUAGUCUGAAAGGUUAAACAUUGCAUAAUGCAGAAAUUCCUUUUUAUAUAUUAUUCAGUGAAAUGCUAAAAGAUGGAUGUUAAUGUAAUAUUAUUAAUAAAUAUGAAUAUUAAUAUGAAUGUUAUUGCUAAAACAUAGAGGUUCAGAAAAUGUUGUGCCAGUAAUCACUAAUUUAAAAAAAAAAAAAAAAAUAUAGCCAUGAUGGAAAUAAUUCUGCAGCUAAUGCACAUGGGCAUGAGCACUGUUUUCAUACAUUAUGUGAAAUAUUGCCCUUGACCACUAGGGGUAUAAACCUCAGACUUAAAGUAAUGAUUCAAUAUUUCAUGAUACCACUGAAGUGCUUCUAUACGAUACGAUUUGAUUAAGUAGCCUCCAAUCGAACAACCUUGUUCAGAAUCGUGGGUAGGUUUACCAUUGAUUCUUUUUUUAUUAGACACUAAAUACCAUUAUCUUCAUUAGACACUAAACCCCCUUACCUUUAUUAGACAUUCAACCCCAUUAUCUUUGUUAGACACUAAAGCCCAUUAUCUUCAUUUUAGUGCAGGGGUGUCCCAUGGCUUUUCUCUUAGGUGGCCAAUUGGCCAAAUUGUUGCAAUUUUUUCUUUCACCUGACGGUGGCAGCAGACUAGCUAAAAUGAAAGAGCCUUUUAAUCAUGGCUACAGACAAAAAGCCACAACAUUAUCAGUGAGAAGGGAAACAAACAAGCAGGGAGCCACUAAGCAUGAAAAAACUUUUUGUGAAUUAUUGAAAGCGUCUUAACAAAAAAAAGUGCUGUAAUUCCUACAGCUUUCAACUGAUUUGCAUGUAAAUAUCAUCAAAGAUGAAAGUCUGCACUAUAUACUAUAUAGACAUAUACUACUCUACUGAUUAUGCUUGCUUUAUUUAUUGAUUAUAAUUUUUAUUAUUUAACCUUUUAAUUAAGCGUUUCUUUAGGUUGUUAAAUUAUUAUGACCUUUUGACUUUAAUUUUUUAAAAUUUAUUAUUAUUUAGAUCAGUGUAAGAUUUGAAUGAAAUUUGAGAGGUUAAUAUACUAAUAAGUAGUUGUAAUGCCUGAGUACAUUCAUUAGAUUUCUGUAACUUAAUUUCUAUAUGUAUGCUGAUCUCCAUGACGACCAGAUGCAAGUUUGAUUGCACAGAUACAUGAUUGUGUAGAAGAUGAAGUUGAUGAAUAAGAAAAUUAUGAGUGGAUUUUGUGUGUGCUAAUCAUAUGAUGAGGUCUGACUGAAUAAGGGCUAGUAGCUAGUACAUUUUGUGAGAUUAAAAUGAAAUUGUGAGAAAAUUGAUUGAUUGAACAAUACUCAAUGCCUGUAGCGAAAAUAAAUCAGCUUAUUGUUGCAUGCCUUUGAGUUUCAUAUCUUAUGUAUACUGUAUAUAUGACAGAUAAUUACCUACAUUAUUUUAAUAUCUAUUAUGUUAUAUGUAUUUCUUGCAUUAAUACACUUUUAAAAAGUCAAUACUUGUUUGUUUCUUUCUGUCUGGCUUUACAUUCAAUUAACUAUCACUA